AUGGCACGAGGAGUUCUUCUCAAGACUCGUACCUUGCCCAAUGCUUUUGCAGGCCGCAACGGCCGCCGCAGAGAUGUGGUCGCCGCCUGGGAUUGGGGGAGUACUUCUGUUCGUCUGACCAUCUGCCCCCUACCAACGGGCGAUGACGAGGAUAUCUUUGAAGCAGAAGUGUUGUUCAACCGAAAUUCUUUGCCAACGCAAGACGGUACCCGAUACGAAAAAGGUUCUUUCAGCGGGUUUAUCAACAUUUCUGGACGCGGAGAAGUGUACACCGGAGAUGAGAUAGGGCCUUCGACCACACAAGUGUCGGCCAAAUUCUUCUUGGGUGAUGGCUUCUCCGAUACCAGAGGGGGGAUCGCCACCGGUACGACAUUUUCAGAGGUAAAUGCUGCUCUCGCAGAAGUGAAUGUCCUACGUCAGCAGAUAUUGGAACGACAAGGAGACCCCGAUUUCAUGAGGAGGGGAAAUCUGGGCGUGAAGCAGAUACUCACUGCUGUCCUACUUCGGUUGGAAUCCGAAUGUCACAGGAAAAACAAGCCUUUGAGGGUUGUGGACAUUGGCCUAUCCGUUCCUGCUCACUGGACUCUCAGAGAGCACGAAAGGUACAGGGAACUUAUCGAGGAAGUCCUCUCCAAUGACUCCCAGCAUGGGAGUACCCCCACCAUGCUGACCAGUCGGUCUUUCAACCUCGACGAUAUCAACGACCACAUCCAUUUCCAUACAGAAGCAGAGGCGAUGGCUCACUUCCUCUGUUCGGAUGAGGACAUCGCGAAUAAGACUUUAGGCAGGAACGUUAGCCAGUAUGUGCUUUUCAUUGACUUUGGUGGAUCUAGCACGAAUAUCUGCCUUUUCUUCGUGAGAAGACGGGCAGGUAGAACGGCUCUUUUCAAAGCAGGAAACUCAAUUGGGAUGGUUGGGGGCUCGUCUAUGCUGGAGACGUCCGUUGGCAACUUCUGCGUCGAUCAUACGAACUUCGGUGGCAACCAGCCCACAUCGAGCGAGCAUACGUCAUUGCUUCGGAAUGAGUUUCUGAGAGCAUUCCGUUGGAGAUUGAUAGCUGAUGGGCUCAGGAAUCCUUUCCGCGAAGAGUCUGCUAGCACGUUCGAAGCCAUGUACCAGAAAGACAUGGAUCUGAGCAUCGACCGGCCAGAGAAUUAUCCCUCAACUUCCCUACGGUUCCAUGUGACCAUACCAGCCGCGAAUCUCAAUCAGAUGUUCCAUCAAGCCUUUUUCUUACCCUUGUACCAAGCCUGCGAGGGGAUAAAAGGCCUCAAGAAGACACUCGAGACGGCUCCGAAAGGCACUCGCGGUCGAAUCGUUGUUUCCGGGGGCGGUGCUAAGAACCAGAGUGUCAAACACUAUCUGUUCACGGCUACCAAUGAGAUCUUCGAAAGCAUGUCACCUCCGCCUAUUAUCUUCCUGGACUGUCUACCCGAGACCCCCUGGGAAUCUUUCAACACUGCUAAAGGGGCAGCAAUAGCAACUGCCAAAGCUAACCUCUCAGUUGCAUCUUAUAUCACGAAAGGGGCUGCAUUCGGAAUCCAGGUUCAGAGAGGCCCUGGCCUAAAGAGCGAGGCUGAGUGGGACAACGAAGCUAGUGUGAUCCUGGGAAAGACUUUCGGCCUGAUCGGGAACUCGAAGAUUUGCAUUUCGGACUCGGACUGA